AGGCGGGCUCUCGGGAUUUGAAAUCCAGCGCUGUUUGUCCGUGCUGGGGAAGUGGAUGAGGAAGGCGAGGGAGCUCCAGUCUGUGCCUCUGCGGACACGCGUGGAGCCCUUGCCCGGGCCUCCGUGGGUCUGAGGCGCUGCGAGCCCUGGGUAACCACGGCCUCGUGCUGCUGCCCUCACCAAGGUUUCUCUGGACUCCUUCUGAAGUUCUGUCUGAAAAUUUGUGUUGAAUGAAUUUUCUAUAAAAAGAAUUUUGUUGCCACUCUCCUAUCAAGAUGAUUGUAACACCUUUGAAGCAUUCAGGAAUUCAUUUGUCUUCUGGAACAUUGCAAAGAAGAAAUAUGCCUCUAGAUGCAGUCUUUAUUGACAGCAUCCCUUCAGGCACACUCACUCCUUUGAAAGAUUUGGUAAAAUAUCAGAAGUCCUCUUUAAAAGUUAAUGGUCAUAUAAAGAAUCAGUUAUUAGAAAUAAGAACUUCUAACGAUAAAGAUAUAUUUCAAUCCACCAUGUUAUCAGAGGUUACCCUUCCGAGCAGCUCUCUUGAUAUCAGUGUUAUAAAGCCCAACAUGGAUAGAUUAAGAAAUGAAAUGAUUUAUGAAUCACCAGGUAAAAUCUUUCAAAGAAUGAAAGCAAAAGUACAGCGUGACAAACAAGAACAACUGACAAGGAACAGUAGCAUGUUGGCAUCACCACAGGGUGAACACAGCAAAGCCUUUCCUCCUAACACAGACAAGAAAGCUCAGUUGCAACAUACCUAUAUCUGUGAGAAAAAAGAAAAGUUGUUCCAAUCCAAUGACCCUUCACUAGGAGAUCCUCCAAUUCUGAACCAAGAACAAAAAAAUGUUUCAGCUUCGUGCAUUUCAAGGAAGGCAUUAACUAGAGCCCAGUUUGGCGGACAAGUUCUUCAUUCAAAAGAGAGUCCUGUUAAGAUCACUGUGUCCAAAAAGAACACAUUUAUUUUGGGAGGCAUUGAUUGUACUUAUGAAAAGUUUGAAAAUACUGAUGUUAACGCCAUUAGUUCUCUUUGUGUUCCUAUUAAGAGUCACAGCCAAUCUAUUACUUCUGAUAAUGAUGUGACAACAGAAAGGACUGCAAAAGAGGAUAUCACAGAAACAAAUGAAGAGAUGAUGUCCAGAAGGACUGUUCUUCAAAAUCCCAUAAAGAAUACAUCUAAAAUGAAACGUUCAAGUCCAAGACCUAAUUUAACACUAUCUGGCCGGUCUCAAAGAAAAUGUACAAAGCUUGAAACUGUUGUAAAAGAAGUAAAAAAAUAUCAGGCAGUCCAGCUACAGGAUUGGAUGAUUAAAGUCAUCAAUAAUAAUACUGCUAUAUGUGUAGAAGGAAAGCUGGUAAAUAUGCCUGAUGUUUAUUGGCAUAGCAAUGUAAUUAUAGAGCGGAUUAAACACAAUGAACUUAGGACCUUGUCAGGCAACAUUUAUAUCUUAAAAGGAUUGGUAGACGCGGUCUCCAUGAAAGAAGCAGGAUAUCCUUGUUAUCUCACAAGAAAAUUUAUGUUUGGAUUUCCCCACAAUUGGAAGGAACACAUUGAUAAAUUUCUAGAACAAUUAAGGGCUGAAAAAAAGAACAAGACCAGACAGGAAACAGCAAGAUUCCAAAAUAAACAAAAAUCAACAAAAAAAGAUGCAGAAGAUAAAGAAACAUAUGUCCUCCAAAAGGCCAGCAUCACUUAUGACCUUAAUGAUAAUAGCUUAGAGAGAACUGAAGUACCCACUGAUCCCUUGAACUCACUGGAACAGCCUACCUCCGGCAAAGAAAGAAGACACCCGCUUCUCCAUCAGAAGAGAGCUUAUGUUUUAAUGACACCACUUAGAAACAAAAAGUUGAUAGAGCAAAGAUGUAUGAAGUACAAUCUCUCUAUUGAAGGAAUAUCAGACUUUUUCAAAGCAAAGUGUCAAGAAGAAAGUGACUCAGAUAUACGUGGAACUCCAAGUUCUACCAGUAAGUCUCAAGAGACCUUUGAACAUAGAGUGGGAUAUGAAGGCAAUACCAAGGAGGACUGCAGUGAAUGUGACAUAAUCACUGCCAGACAUAUUCAGAUACCUUGCCCGAAAAGUAAACAAAUGCUCACCAGUGAUUUUAUGAAAAAGAACAAGUUGCCCUCAAAACUGCAGGAAACUGAAAAUCAAAUAAGUGUAUCACAGUAUUGCCGGUCCUCAUCACAUUUGUCAAGUGAAGAGAAUGAAGUAGAAAUUAAAAGUAAAACCAGAGCAAGAAAUACAAAAGAAAGGCUGAAUCAGGAGAGAGAAAACACAAACCACAUCACAAAAGAUAUCCUCCUCAUUUCAGAAACUGAAGGUGAGAGUGAUUGUUAUGUCACACCAAAGAGACCUCCAUCUUCGGCUAAAGAAUCCCAUUACAAAUCUGCUGUUAGCAAGGACUUUCUCAUUGAAGGCAAGGCAUCUGAGAGAACUGGCAGACAGCUGUUAGACCAUCUACCUGGUUUAACUGAGGAUGGAGAAUGGAGUGAGCAGGAGUUACAGAAGCUCCAUUGUGCUUUUACAUCUCUUCCAAAGCACAAACCUGGCUUUUGGUCAGAUGUGGCUAUGGCAGUAGGUUCUCGAACUGCUGAUGAAUGCCAGAAGAAAUACACAGAAGAACCCCAAGACAGAGGAUCCCGAAAACAUGUCUCUAAGAAAAAGCAAGCCAACAAGGUCCAAAAUGGUGAGAAAGACAGUGCUGAUAACAAUACUAUUAAGAUAACUGCCAGAGUGGGAACUCUUAAAAGGAAACGACAAAUGAGGGAUUGCCUAGAACAUCUGGCAAAAGACAACCAUGAUGAUUUUUUCACUGCAACACCCUUGCAGAAACAAAGAAUUCAGUUGCCAACUUUUCAAUACAGUCAAGAUGAUGAUUUUCUGCUAGAUAUGGACAGGGAUCCAGCAUCUCCAUCAUCAGUUAUUACUUCACCAUUGAGAAGCACUACUCCACAAUGUCAGCAUUUCAGCCCCAGCAUGCUAGCCUCUAUAGAAAGGAAUAAUUGUGAUAGAUAUGUUUACCAAAUGCAAAAAAAUGCUAAAAAAUAUGGCAAAAGUAAUGGUGGCCUUGUCUGGGGCAACAUUAGGAAAAAAACAGUUAAAACUGAUCUCUCAUCUCCACCACCAACACGGAAAGCUCUGUUUAACAAAGAUUUAGGUAAAAACACUGAUAUUUCGAAGUAUUUCAUUGAUGAUACAGAAUCAGAUGAAGAAGAGAAAGAUUAUUACUUUUCCAAUUCUGACUGAUAGACGACUUGCAGGAAUUUUACCAUCAAGCAGAAUAUACUUUUAUCCUCACAUGGUGACUAUUUUCUUUGUAAUAAGGGAAUGCAGAUUUGUUUCCCAAAAAUGUCUUAUGUUUGUAUGCAAGGUUAAACCCCCUAUAGAGCAUCCCUCAGAACUACAGCUUACAGUUACUUUGCCUGUGUAUGCAUUUGUAAAUUUUAUGUUUGUAAUAUUAAAGUAUAUAAAGUUCAGUCUCUUGAGAACAUCCAAGCCUGUUUUCUUUUUAGUAAUCAUGUCUUAAAUGAGGAGAGGUAAGGGGCCAGAGUUAAGAUUGUGGACUGGAAGAUAUUAGAAUGAAAACUUUUAGCAUCAUGCAGCCUGGAAUUACAAGCCAGGGUUCCUUCUGUUUAAAUUAUGUCAUUCAAACUGUUUUACCUGGUCUUUAUGUUUGACCUGCUUUUUCUUCUGAUAGUUUUUCUUAAUUUUUUUACUGGAUGUUGGUCUGUUUGUGAAAACUUCACCUCUAAUU